AUGAGCGCCGCAGCUCGUCUGAACGUGGUAAGUUACUUUUCUUGUUUCUCUUUUAGGACAUUAUCUUAUGAAAAGGUUAUUUAUAGUGUUUCUAAUGAUUUGAAAAUGGUUUGACGUGAUAAUGCUUUCAGUUUUUUGUUCGUUGUGUAUAUUUUAAGUGUUAUUAUAAUUAUUUUAUAUCUAAAACAAUAUAAUCUGUUUAUUUUCAUUUUUGCAAGUUUGUCUUAUUUAUAUUUAUGGUUUAGCGCAAAUUGGCAGUAGGCGCUGGAAUCUGCGCUGCUUCUGGGUUUGUAUACGCUUUAGAAAAGUCAGUUGCUCGAGCUGGAGAUCACGGUGUUCAUCCAUACGCUUUGCCAUGGUCACACGCUGGAAAAUUCGAUUCUUUGGAUUACAGUUCGUAAGUUUUUUACUUUAUUGUUUCGGCAUUUAGGUAUUUGAUUUGUGACUAAUUUGGAAGCUACAGAUUUGAAAAUGGCCUUUAUGUUGUUGUAGUAGAUGUCUUUCUUGGUUUUUGCAAAAAAUUGAAGAGUUUUCGAUGAAAAAAAAACUUAUAGUUAAAUCGAAAAGAUGGAACAGAGUCUUAUAUAGCUCUUUGUUGGAUAUAUGUUGUUUUGCGUAGAGGAAAAAUUAAUUUUUAUAGCGUUUUGAUAAACCUUUGGUUUGUUUCAACUGGAAGAUACUAUAAUUUUAUACGAUCGCAUAGCUUUAUUGAACUUUUUUUUUCAGAGUAAGAAGAGGUUAUGAAGUAUACAAGCAAGUGUGUGCAGCUUGUCAUUCAAUGAAGUUCUUGCGUUAUCGUCAUUUUGUUGAUGUAUUCAUGACUGAAGAGGAAGCCAAGGCCGAAGCCGCGGAAGCUUUGGUCAACGACACUGACGGCAAUGGUCAGGCCAUUCAACGUCCGGGUAUCUUGACCGACGCGCUGCCAAACCCAUAUCCAAACAAGAAGGCUGCCGCGGCCGCCAACAACGGUGCUGCUCCGCCAGAUUUGUCACUGAUGGCGUUGGCUCGUCACGGUGGAGACGACUAUCUGUUCGCGCUGUUGACCAGUUAUUUCGACCCACCAGAGGGUAUUAAGGUGGAUGAAGGAAAGUCGUACAACCCUUACUUCCCGGGCGGUGUCAUCUCCAUGCCUCAGCAGUUGUUCGACGAAGGUAUCGAGUAUAAGGACGGUACUCCCGCCACUCAAAGUCAACAGGCCAAGGAUGUGGCCACUUUCAUGCGCUGGUCCGCCGAGCCUUAUCACGACACCAGAAAACUUUAUGCUCUUAAGGUGAGGUUUUAUUUGAUUUAUUUUGUUUUAGGAUAGAAUUACCUACAUCAAUAUGUCAGUUAAAAAUCUACUUUGUUUGUUAAAACUGCUAAAAUAUUUUUUAAAAUGACAACAAUAUAUAUUAGAAGAUUGAUGUUGACUUUUAACUUCCACUUUAAACCCUUUGUUUUAGGUUCUGUCUGUUAUCCCAGCCCUGGCGUUCGUACUACUGUUCGCCAAGAGACACGCCUGGUCCUUCAUUAAGAGUCAGAAGUUCGCCUGGAGAACCACCAAAGGUCGUACGCCACCCACUCAACAACAGUAG